AUGUCGUGUAUUAUUGAGCAAAAAUCCGGUUACACCGGAGCGAACGACAGGCGGGAAGAAUUUAUUCCUGUUGCCCUCUCACUCGAAUCAUUACCCCGAAAGAGUGUUCGACCUCAGGCAUCACCUUGCGAUCGAGUUUGGUACUUUGUCGCUCACCUUGUUUUUUUCAAGUUUCAUUCACCAAUUUCAAAUCGGUCUCAUUUCGAUGAACUUUUAGAACUGGCCCCACCAAUAUUCGCCGAUUCUUCCAGAGAGCGCCAGAAACCGACGAAAAAUUUCGAACCGGGAUUCUUGGUGAUGCGGGCAAUCGCGAUAACGAUGAUCGGUUGCGAAGGCAGCACGCGUCAUUCAUCAUCCACACGUCCAUGGAACCCACGUCAACGAGAGCCUUCAGCCCUGACUGACGAUGUGGACAAAAUGAGAGGUUGUACGUGUGCGGUAAAUCGGUCAAAAUUUGCCCGACAAUUUUCUUCCGCAUUACGAAAUAACGAGGUAUCCUUGAAAGAUGAUUUUUGGGAUUUUAAGCGGCCCCAUAAUGAUUUCUAUCAAUCACACUGCGCACCGUAUGCAUUGGGUGUGCAAUUCUCCUCGAAAGAGGCAAAGAGAUCUUCGGGAUCACAGAACCUGGACGCGAUUGCACUGACCGCAAUCACCGGAGUGACUGAGUCCACAUUAGGAAUCUCGUUCCGCAACCUGGGCGUAGUGAUCACGGUAUCGAUAUAA